AGCCACGGGCGGAGAAUCUAUAUGAUAUAAAUAUAUAUAUAAACGGAGGAGGAGAAGGAGGAUCGCGAGCGCUCGAAUAUUUGCGGCUGCGCGCGCCUCCGGUGCAAGGUGGGCGCUUGGAUCCGGUAGCGUGAGUGUGUGUUUGUGAGAAAUCUUUAGAGGAUUUUUUUAACAAGUACUGCAACAGGUUUGUAAAGGCGGAGAGCAUCAAGGAGAGAGAGAGAGAGAAAUCACGAAGUAAUACGCCAUACAAUACACACACACGCGCGCGCGCGCACACGUACGGAAGACGGUGCGCAGGUGCGCAAGCGAGCUGGUCGCCCGGACUGCACACACACACACACACACACAUACACACCGUGUGUGGGACUACCACAAGGAUCAGAAGGAGCUCUGGAUUCUUCACGACUGCCAACAUGAUGCCGAUGUUUCUUACCGUGUACCUCAGCAACAGCGAGAAGCACUUCACCGAGGUGCCUGUAACUCCUGAGACCCUGUGCCGGGACGUGGUGGAUGUGUGUAAGGAACCUGGAGAGACCGACUGCUACCUGGCCGAGAGCUGGAGAGGAUCAGAGCGAGUGGUUGAUGACGGCGAGAGGAUGAUGGAGCUGCUGCAGCGCUGGGGGCAGCAGAGGUCUGAGGUCCGCUUUGUCCUUCGUCACGAGCGAGCGCCCGGUCAUGACACAGGUCCUCCCAGAGGCCCAGCGCUCUCACUAAAGAGGAACAUGCUAAAAGCCACAAGUGAGACACACCUUGAAAACGGGAUGGUUCCUCCUCCUAUGGACAUCAGCCUCACAGAGCUGCAUGAGAUGGCGUCCCGGCAGCAGCAGCAGAUCAAUGCUCAGCAGCAGGUUCUGGCCUCCAAGGAGCAGCGUCUUCGCUUCUUGAAGAUGCAGGAGCAGCAGCAGCGUGAGCAGGAGAAACUGCGGCUGUUGCGUGAGAACGCUGAGAACCAGGAGGCCAAACUACGGCGUGUUCGGGCUCUCAAGGGUCAGGUGGAGCAGAAGCGCCUCAGCAACAGCAAACUGGGUCAGAACUUGUUUUUCUGCUCAAGUGAGAUUGAGCAAAUGAACGGCCUGUUCCAGCAGAAGCAGAGGGAACUGCUCAUGGCCGUGUCCAGGGUGGAGGAGUUGAGCAAACAGCUGGAGACGUUACGCAGCGGCAAACUGGACGAAAUCACUGAACUCGAGAGACUUUACAAAGAGCUUCAGCUGAGGAACAAGCUGAACCAGGAGCAGAGCGUGAAGCUCCAUCAGCAGAAGGAGUGUCUGAACAAGCGCACACAGGAAGUAGCUGGGAUGGAGCGACGUCUGGCAGAACUGCGCCAGAGACUGUGGAAGAAGAAAGCGGCUCUGCAGCAGAAAGAAAACCUGCCUUCGGGUAAUGGGCAGAGCUCUCAUCCUCCCUCGGUCCCAUCCAGAAUUGCCGCCGUCGGCCCGUACAUUCAGUCUCCUGCUCCGCCACUUCCUCCUAAAAAGGACGUCCUGGUGAAGCCGGCAUAUCCGGAUGGCACUAGCACACUGCCCAAACCGCUUACCAAGGCCACCGGUAAAGUAUCCAAGCUGUCUGAAUGGACUGCGAGUUGUGAAAACAGCGGAGUUGGGGGGUCACAGCGAGGUUAUGCCUCGACUCUGCCUCGUAUGAGCAGCCACAGCUGCAUGGAGAAAGAUGCCGAGGCAGAUCAGAAGCCGCUGCCGCCACUUCCCUUACGGAAGAAUCAGAGCAAUGAGGACCUCUUAAACGAUGGCCAGGUUGGAGGUAAAGUGCCACCUCCGGUCCCCAUGAAGCCCAAACCAGGCCAGUCUGGCUUCCCCUGCUUCUCCACUGGCACAUUUCCAGGCAAAGCCAGACCAUCCCAACAGCAGACCCCACACCUCCCGAAGGCACCGAUGCCUGCGGCCACCGUAAGGCCCUUCAGCGUGGAGGGCUCGGCAAGUAAAGGACCCACCAUUCAGAAACCUCAGACGCUGGCAGCCAGCUCCAUCUACUCCAUGUACACGCAGCAGAGCUCACUGGCUAAGGGGUACCAGGGCCAGAGCACCCUGACACGCUCACAGCCAAGGGUCUACGGAAAACCGGUCAUCCCGUCCAGCAGAGGGCAGCAGUCUCACUCACAGGACAGCGGCUACAAUGAGAAAGCCAGCAACCUCGAAGCUGAUCAGGUGGACCAGGCGAACAGCGAGGGCACAGAGUCAGAUCGAGCACCGCGCCCACUGAGUCCCACCAAGCUGCUACCGUUCCUAAUGCACCAGCAUCGCAUGCAGAGUGAUGCUGACCUGGAGACACCACGCAGACGGCUGCAGCACGCGCCACGCCCACUAAAGAAGCGCAGCUCCAUCACGGAGCCCGAGGGACCUGGCGGACCCAACAUCCAGAAGCUUCUUUACCAGAAGACCACACUGGCAGCCAUGGAGAUGCCAGAAGGCAUCGCGGGGGCCGUCGAAGACACAGGCAGACUGUCGGGGGAACCUCAAAAGGCGUCGGAUAUGGAUAAGGAAGAAGAGGAGGAAGCUCAGACUCCACCUCCGCUUCCACCACGUUCCUCUGCUGCAGGACCGAGCAAAAGAAAUGAACCCAAAGAGGAGGAUGAGCAGGAAGCGGGUGGCACAGUACCAGCUGAGGAAUACCCUCCAUAUCCUCCGCCCCCAUACCCCAGCGCAGGUAACCAGAAUAGGCAAGAAGAGGAAGAGGACAUAGGCAUGAAGGCACCAGAGGUCACUGGACAGGUCACAAUGCUGCUGGGAAAGAGAACGAACCUGCGGAAGGCUGGUUCAGAGCGAAUAAGCCAUGGCAUGCGGGUGCGCUUUAAUCCACUGGCCCUCCUGCUGGACGCUUCACUAGAGGGCGAAUACGACCUGGUGCAGAGGAUCAUCUACGAAGUGGAGGACCCCAGCUUGCCCAACGACGAGGGCAUCACGGCGCUCCACAACGCGGUGUGCGCAGGACAUACGGAGAUCGUUAAGUUCCUCGUUCAGUUCGGAGUCAACGUCAAUGCUGCCGACAGCGACGGAUGGACACCCCUGCACUGCGCCGCUUCCUGCAACAACGUUCAGGUGUGCAAGUUCCUGGUGGAAUCGGGCGCAGCCGUGUUCGCCACUACUUACAGUGACAUGCAGACGGCGGCGGAGAAGUGCGAGGAGCUGGAGGAGGGAUACGCCCAGUGCUCACAGUUCCUCUAUGGCGUACAGGAGAAGAUGGGGGUGAUGAACCGCGGUAUUGUGUACGCUCUGUGGGACUAUGAGGCCGAGCACGCUGACGAGCUGUCCUUCAGCGAGGGCGACUGCAUGACUGUGCUUAGGCAUGAGGAUGGAGACGAGUGUGAGUGGUGGUGGGCGCGGUGUGCAGACAACGAAGGUUAUGUCCCACGCAACCUCCUCGGGCUGUACCUGAGGAUCAAGCCCAGACAGAGGAGCUUAGCCUGAACCUCUCUCUCGCCAUGGUUCAGCCCCAAUCCAACCGGCGUGCCCUCUGUUUUAGUGCGCACUGAAAAGGGCUGAAAGACACAAGACACUACCAAGUGCUUCUUCUCUACACAAUGGUGCAUUCUCAAACUUCACCCUAUUUUUCAUUCAUGCAUUAUUUUCAGAAGCACAAAGGAGGAUUUUUUCAUAGCUACAUCGGAUGACUGUCCGCACUCUUCCUGGCCUUUCUAGAAUGUGAAUGUAUUACAGGAUCGGAUUAUUUGCACAGCUUUUAAGUUAUUUGUACAGGUUUAUCUACGCGCAGUGGCGCGUUCGUUUAUAACUACGUCCCGGUAUCUCCCGCCGAACUUGAUCAUGUGACCACCAACCCAUGCCUUUCUGUCACGCUUGCUAGAAAGCGAUUACGGCGAUGUCAUAGGCCUGAAAUGAGCUCAAGCUCCACCUACACAUGUCAUGGCACUUUUAUUUCCCCUUCCUGCUGUUUACGUUUAACCAGUUUAAUGAGAAAUCUGGAGUAUCAUCUUUUCUGCUGAAAAUUAUCAUUUUUCAUCAAAAAAUUAAUAACCACUAUGGUGCUCAAUGCUGCGGAACAGAACGAAUGACUUGUUCAAAUCUUGUUCGAAAAUAAAUAAGACUUUGUAUUUAAA